UUAUAGCCCACCACAAAUUUAGAACCACUCUUCCCCACACACUUAACUACAAGAAUAAAAUCCCUUAUCUCUUUUUCUUGGCACAUGAUCCCAUAAUGGAAGAAAACAACACCACCACCACAACCAUAAUCCUAGCAGCCCUCUCCACCCUCACACCACCACAAAUCUCCACCCUCACCACCACCAUCUCCACCCUCUUCCACUUCCACCGUAGCCGCCUCGCCGCCCUCCUGUCCUCACACACCAUCUUCUCCCUCUCCCUCCACCACCUCCACACCCUCUCCCUCCACCAAAAAUCCCUUCUCAUUGCAAGACAUUUGUUAUCAAUCCUCUCCCAACUUUCACACAUCCUCCGCCCGACAACCACCCGAAUGCCGCCCUACAUCAAUGACCGUGAUCUUGACUCGGUUCUUCUACUUCUGCUACUGUGUGAACUAAACCAACAUGAUCCCGAAUCAUUGAAGUCAUUGUCACCAACAGAUUGGCGGGAUUCGCUUUGCGAGUAUGUGUCCGCCACCAUGUUGACUCUUACAGGCAUUGGAUUUUCCACUAGUGAAAUAUUGAUGAAGUAUAUUGAAGUGAUGGCAAAAUGCAAGAGGUUUGUUGAUGUCAUGGGGUGUAGAGAUGGAAAGGAGAGGAAAGAGGUGGCGGCAUCCGUGGCGGCGGUGGUGGCGCUGCCGUCUGUGGAGGUGAAACAAGGAGGAAAGGAGUGUGUUGUUUGUAAGGAUGAGAUGAAGCAAGGGAGAGAUGUGUGUGAAUUGCCUUGUGAACAUCGGUUUCAUUGGAUGUGUAUAUUGCCAUGGGUGGUUAAAAGGAAUACGUGUCCAUGUUGCCGCCAUCGGUUGCCGACUGAUGAUGUGUACGGUGAGAUCGACCGGCAGUGGGAAGUUCUUGUCAAGAUAGGUGGCAGUUAUUUUUAGUUUUUGUAUGUAGUUUUACGUAGGGGUUUUGAUAUCAUUAAAAAGUUGUAAAUCUACAUGAACAACUAUGUAGUCAUGAAUUCUAUGUUUACAUGGAUGCCUAAAAAUUGGACAUA